AUGCAGCCCUUCCAAGAGAAACGCGACAGGCUCAGCACCCUCAAGGGUCCAGAGUACUUUCCACUCCUAGCCGAAAUCCGCCAGGACGACAAAUGGUACAAGAAACUGCGGGAGGUAGUGGCCAGCAACCUUAGCGACCGCGACAGCGACAGCAAACUCGCCCGCAUCUGCACGGUCCCGGCGGAACGUCUCAACCCCCUGAAGCACAUCCUUGACCCGGCGGUGCUAUCCAGCGUGGUCCCCUACGAAUACGGCGGCCGGGCCGUGGAUGUCGAGAUCGCGGGCUGGGCGGUCUUCGAGGCGACGGGGCUCGCCAUCUCGGGCCGCGUGUACGGGAUCCCCGGCGUCUGGGGCAUCGACCAGGACUUCCUGCCCGACGGGCGCCGGUGCUGGACCGUGAUGGUGUUCCAGGGUACCGAGCUGGACCUGGAGCAAUUCCCAGAAGUACUGCGCGACGCAGAUUGGUUUAUCAUCCCUACAGGUGAGUCGACUCCCGUGACUGGCAAAGGGGGUGGAAAUGUGGGAGCGGACGCUGACAGUAAUCAGACCACUGACGAUCAAACUCCCCUUCCCAAGGAGACUCCUGAUGAUACCAGGGCAGAGAGUACUCUGGUGCUCAGGCCGGGCAAAAAAUCUCUGCCGAUCCGUACGAAAACCCCACCCAUAUAG